AUGUCCGCCUUGGCUUCAAUCCAGUCCAAUCAUGACUUUCAUGAUACGCUACUAGGAACUGAACAGGCCAUACUUCGUUUUCCGCCUGGCCGUUUCCGUGCAGGUCCCAAGUCGCCCACUCACGCAGAGCUGUUGCGCGUCAUCGCCGGGGAUAAUGGACACGUCUCCGAGUCCGAGCUCAACUCGGAACUCGGUCGCGCCAUGGCGCUCAUGAACGGGCAGUGCGCCUCUAAGAAUGGGCCAAGCUCCGAAAUGGUCCUGGCCAACAGCUUAUGGACCCGUGGUAUGACACUGAAGAAGGCUUACGCUACCGCGAGCGAGGCGAUCAACGGCGCAAAGGACAUUAACGACUGGGUGGAAGGCGCGACCCGCGGCAUGAUCAAGGACCUGAUCCAGACCGAAAAGCAUUCGGAACACACGGCUUUGGGCAAUGUGCACAACUGUUGUGAUUUGGGUCACGGUUUGGAACCGGCAUGGCUGACCCAGCAGGGCGAGUUCACCACGCACAGCGGCCAACCUAAGAUGGUGCCUAUGAUGCAUCAGCUGUUCGAUGGCCCGGCCAAGACCUUGAAAGGCGUACGCAAGGAAGGCCUAUACGAUGCAAUCUCAUUGCCAUACAAGGGCGACGUAUUUAGCGCGGUGGCGCUGCUGCCCGCCGUGGGUGUGGACAUGGCUACGGCAUUCGAGGACUGGGCGCGCGGACCGCAGGAGUUCCAGCCCAUCCGCCGCGUGAAGAUUGUCAUGCCCAAGUUUAAGGUGAGCUCUCAGCUGUCGCUGAAACCGGUGCUCAAGGAGAUGGGCGUGGAGGUGGCCUUCACUGUAGCCGCCGACUUCACCCGCAUGGCGGACGGCGGCCUGUUUAUCAGCGACGUUGUGCACAAGGCCGUCGUGGAAGUAGACGAGGAGGGCACGGUGGCAGCGGCCGCCACGGCUGUCAUGAUGCUGCGUUGCGUGCCCGCGCCACCUGAGGAGAUCAUUUUUAACCGGCCCUUCGCCUUCAUGAUUUACCACAACCCCACAAACUUGCCGGCGUUUGUUGGUGUAGUUCACGAUCCAGUCGCCGCAUAGGCUGCGGCUGCCCGUACUUGUGGCAAUCAGGAUAGGGGAGGGUUGGGGUCAGGUUUGGCCAGCCAGCCGCACUACAUGUUCAGGGAGCUGCAUUCAAACUGCUUUCCUGAACUGCGACAUCGUCCUGACUCGUUGGGGCUUGUAAGACACAAUCAGGCUGUACGCGUAGUUGUUGAAGGAAAACUUCCUCUUUGCACAUGGUUGAUUGCUGACGUUAUCUCGUUGCGGUUGUUGCUGUAAUUGUGAGAUAAUAAUUUCAUAGCUUGGUAAAUGCAGCGAUGGAGCAUAUGUACAUUUGUGCCAGUGGAGCAGCUGUGCGUGUUGGUGGUUGAAUAAUACUUUUCGCCCUGUUUUGCGUGCUGAUUUUGAUGCGCUCAUACUAUCUCAGAGCUGAUAAGCAUCCUGAAUAGACGGUAACCUCCUCUCCGGUUUCGCACUAAGGGUGCUAAGCUAAGGGUGCCAAGCUGCACUAAGGGCACUAAAGCCCCCUAGCUGG